AUUAUAUCCAAAAUGCAUUUUGCUAUAAAAUUCUGAAUAAUGUUGUGGGUAGUUAUUCAGGUAAUAUCAGCCCAAGCAUUUAACCCUGCUCAGAGUGCCAUCUCUGGGAUCGCCUCGGGAAAUAACUUAUUGAUCAACCAGACUUAUACAAUUGUUGUGCAAGCGAAGGACUCUUCUGGUAAUAGUUUAUCAACAGGUGGAGAAGAAAUUAACUUGCUCAUCACAGACCCUUGCACUAGAGGUGUCAAUAUGGUCUGAAUUCCAUCAUCUUUCACUCAGAGUGCAACCAACGGUGGGAAGAUUUCGCAACAAUUCACUGACAAUGGAGAUGGAACUUACUCUACCAGCUUUACAUUGAACCAUAUUGGAGAUGCCACUGUAUCAGUGGUGCAUGUGAACAACUUAGGAGUGUCAGCCAAAUACUAUCGCAGCUUCUCAAUAUCUGGGUUUCCAUACUACAUGAACUCACUUCCGUAACUUA